AUGGCUAGCGGUGUUGCUACACCGACUAAGAAGCGGUCCUUUGAGGACGAGCAUGAGCAUGAUGAAGGAGGAGGCUCCCGGCCAAAACGAUCUAAAUUCGAAAUAACUUCUACAAACUGUGAUUCCACAAAUGUUACCUCGUGCGAUGAGUUCAGUUGGGGCAGCGAUUCUAGUGGUGAAGGUGAUGGUGACGGGACCGUCCUUCAAGCUUUAACCCAUCGGCAUCACGCUCCGAUCCGAGAACAAUCCAAUGAUGAAACCUCUUCUGACGGGGAAUCCGUAUCAUCUACGUCAUCCUCGUCCUUCACAGGUCGUGAUUCUGAAUCAGAAAGCCAUGGCAACGUAAAUAGAUCCACAGCCAGCAACAUCGUUUCCCUUCCACGACUCGGGCCUCGCUCCAAACCGACAAUACGUCAAUUAAAUAAUUCCUCACUGCGAAAUAAACUGGCUUCCUUUCUCCCUGAAUUGAAAGCUGCAAACAAAGACUUGGAAAAAGAGAUUGCUGCGGGAAACGUUGCUCGUGUGGAGCUUGAUCACAAUGAGGAUGCUGAGGUUGACGGCGAGUAUAUCGAGAUGAACCUUGGCCUAGGUGUUCUGGAAGAGCAAGCAGAUGCCACUACCUCCGAUACCAACACCGACAGUGAAAGCACCGUAUCAACUGAUGGAGACAACAACUCACGAUCCUCGAGGGAACAUCAACCAAAGCCACGAAAUGACACGAAUGUAUUGAACAAACUCAUGCGGAACAAACCUGAUAUGAAACGGCCAACCAUAGAAGAGCUUCCGUCCUGA